UCCUCGUGGGGAACCCGGUGCUGAGAGGUCGUGUGAACGCGCCCGCCAGGCCCGGUGCGCGCCUGCGCAGACGACCGGCGUCCGUCGUCAUGACAGCGCCCGGAGGCCCUGGGUCUUGGAGUGAAAAUAUCCUGCAGUAUUUCCUGCGAAGGAAGGAGAUUGCAGCAGAAGAUGGUGCCGAGGUCACGUGGUAUCAUGCAGCUAACAGCAAGGCACAGCUGGAGGAGGCGCUGGGCAGUGCUGCUCUCAUGCUUGAGGCCGAUGUCCUGCUGGCCAGCGAGGGGCCAAGCCGUGGGCAGCCGGUCAUGGCCCAUCCUCCCGAGACCAGCAGUGACAUUUCCCUCCAGCAGUGGCUCACGGAGGUGGUGAGGAGCAGUAAAGGCAUCAAGCUGGAUUUCAAGAGCCUGGCAGCCGUGGCACCAUCCAUGGUGCUCCUGAAGGAGAUGGAGGAGCAGCUGCAGCGGCCUGUGUGGAUCAAUGCCGACGUGCUCCCAGGGCCCAAUGGAGCACAUCCAGCAGUGGAGGCAGGGCCAUUCAUAGACGCCGUGACGUCCUUCUUCCCAGAUGUGACCCUCUCCCUGGGCUGGGCCACCGGAUGGCACGCUGAGAAGCCCAACGAAGGGUACAGCUGGGCAAUGGUGGAGGCGAUGGAGCGUGUCUGCCGGGAGCUCCAGCAGCCCGUCACCUUCCCAGUGCGUGCGGCCCUUGUCAGGCAGUCCUGCUCUGAGCUCCGCUGGCUGCUGGGGAAGUCCGACAGGUACAGCCUGACUAUUUGGACUGGGAAAAACGAUAACUAUGUCCUGGAAGAUUUGCUUUAUAUUAGAGAAUAUUUUGAUAAAAGCAAAGUUUUCUAUGACCUCUUGGAGCCCCAAGAUCGUGAAUUCAAACAAGCCAUUGGAAUUAAAAUCUCCUAAGAAGAUUUCCCCAGAAUGAUGCCCUCUGGUUUCUGAUGUUGCUGUUUCCGUCCAUGCAAAUUGUGGUGCUUCAUCCAGUGGAGAAGCACUUUCCAUGCCUGGCCCCUGUCCCCAUAUCACUGCACGGAAAUAAGGGGCACGACCUCGGGACACUGUAUGUGCACAGAAACAUCUGGAAUGGAUGCUUGCUCAGGAGCCUGCUGCUUGGGACCUUGGGGAGAAGUCGUUCUGCUGCAAGUGAUUGUGACAAAGCACAGUGCCCUGAUGGGAUCAAAGAUAAACAUGUGUAUCAUGAAGAUGCUAAGACAUGUGGCACCCUAUUCCCUUACUUCCUGGAAAGCUGCCUAUUUCAAAAAAGUAAGAAUGCAUUAAACAGUAAUUUUAACUUUCA